UUGAAAGCGGAAACUUCAAAAAGUAAACGAAAAACGAGAAAUCGACUACAGCAAUGGAUCGCAAGGCAUAAACCAUAAUUACUUUCCGGCAACACUUAAAGGCGUACAAAAUUUGUAUAUUACCAAAUAUCCAUAGGUCUGCACUGCCUGCAAGUUUAACGCUCAGAUAUAUACAAUCAAGUCGAUCUGAAAAUUCAGGAUAAAAGUUCAUAUGUAUCGAAAUCAUUGUGUACUAUAUUGGGUCAUUGAAAAAGACUGCAUUAAGCGGCUAGGGCUUUUAAGCUGUAUUAUUAAAUAUAACAUUUGUCAACUCUGAGUCGCAGACCACAUGUGUAUAAAUAAUUGUGUCUACAUAUCGUAGUGAAAAAAUUUGAUUGUGCAUUUUCCUACUAAUAAAAUAUAAUAAUAUGGAAUAUCAAUUAAAUAUGCCAAUGUAAUAAAUGUAUAUGAUAUAAGCAAACAUUUUUGAUACAUAAUUGGUGGUCAGCGGAGCGCAAACAUAAAUUCUUAAAUCAAAUAUUCCUGGGGCGGAAAUAAAAUUUUGCAAAAGCACGCGCCAGCCAAUAAUGUCUGCUAUUUCCUCUCAUAUAAUUGGAAUUAGCACCACGGGAUACACACCUACGACAACGUCGUCUCUAAUAACUGCAUUCUUAAGGCCAAAUGCGUCUGCUGAGAAUGGGCCAUCGACAACAUGCACUUCCACAUCAACGGAAAUAUUAACCGCGUUGUCGUCCUUACCAUCUGACUGUGAUGAUUUAGUUGAUAUUUCAAAACCUAUAACACAAAAUAUGCAUUAUUCAGGAACUUCAACAUUUAAAAGAUUAUACGCUGAAUCAUCCACUGGUAUGACAGCAACAUCAUCCGUCACAGUCCAGUCGCAACUUCCAAUCAUGUCAUCAGCCGAAGAUGCUUGCUCGUUUAAAAUCAUGUCCGGCGAAGCUAUAUCCGCUCCAAUGCCCUCGACGAUAAUGUCUUCGCCUGUGUCUACAAAUAUUAACGCAUUAACUGCGCCCUCUGGAGGAUCAACACAUUUACUCUUUAACAGUCUUGUUUCGGUCGACCGUACACAGCAACAAAACUCACAUAGACUUCUAGUGGAAGAUCAAAGGACAUUGCAACUCGCACUAGAGCUAUCAAUAGUAGGUUUAAAUGAUGCGGCUACAAGCACGGUUUGUUCAUCAGACCAGACACCUUCCAAUAACAAUCGUAAUAUGAUUAACAAUGCAAACAUGCAUUCGGCGAUUUAUCAACAGCAGAUAGGAGCGCAUCAGCAUGUAAUGUCAAGCGCACAACAGGAACAUUUGAAUCAAAAGAUUGAUUUAAAUACACUUAACGCUAUGAAUGCCGCCGUUUCUGCCAUUGCAAACGCCAACAAUGGGCAUAUUGAAAGUAAAGUGAAUGAUACAGUGGCAAGCACCAAUAGUAGCCAUAAUAGUAGUGUAAUAUUGAAUAAGUUUUCGGUGUCGAAUCCACUGUUACCUAAUGCAAUGGAGGAUCGUUCAAAAAAAUCCCAAAACAUGACGGAAUGUGUGCCAGUUCCAAGUUCGGAACAUGUCGCAGAAAUAGUAGGCCGCCAAGGUUGUAAAAUUAAAGCUCUUCGUGCAAAAACAAAUACGUACAUCAAGACACCUGUGCGCGGGGAAGAGCCUGUUUUUGUGGUGACAGGUCGUAAAGAAGAUGUAGCCAAAGCUAAGCGCGAGAUACUGUCUGCGGCAGAACAUUUCAGUUUGAUCCGUGCAACUCGAAAGCCAUCCGUUGAUAGUAAUUUAAGCGCUACGGUUAACAGUAGUAUUGAUGGCAGCAAUUGUAAUGCAAAUAGUUUCGGAAAGGCGCCGCCUGGCCCACCAUCUAUACCGGGACAGAUGACUAUACAAGUACGAGUACCAUAUCGGGUGGUUGGGUUGGUAGUAGGCCCUAAAGGAGCAACCAUUAAGCACAUUCAACAUCAGACUCAAACCUAUAUUGUUACACCUUCCCGUGAGAAAGAACCGAUAUUUGAAGUAACUGGCUUACCGGACAACGUACAGUCUGCACGUAAACAAAUCGAAGCCCAUAUUGCGCUACGUACCGGUCAUAUGCCUCCUACCGGUAGUAACUCUAACGCUUUAGCUGCUCCAAUAAGCUCUUCAAAUGAAUCACUGGCUGUACAUAGCCUAAAUGUUUUAAGUCAGAUCUUAAACGAUCCCUCUAUAGAUUCUGAUUUACUUGUUUCACUUUAUAAAGCUGACACACUGAGAUCUGCAUUUGAUUACGCUGAUGAAAAUUGUGAACUUAGUGCUAAUAAAGCAGGAAAUAUGAAAGGUUUUGAUGCACAGGAUAAUAAUAAGGUAAAUUUUAAAAUGGGCUGCCAGGAUAGCGCUUCUGUUGAGAAACAGUCAUAUAUGGCUCUACUGCAUUCUGAAAACCCUCAGUUGCGAGAUAUGCGCAACACAUCACAUCAAACUAACGAAUUCGUGAAUUGUUUGAGCAACAGUUGUAAUAAUCUCAAACAAAUAAAAAGUGAUCAAGAGUCUGACUUACUUACUGACGUAGACCAUAUUCAUCACGUGCAGCAGAAACAACCUUUAUAUCCAUCAUCACAGCCAAUACUUAGUUUAAGCCAUCAGCUGCAACCAGUAUCCUCGUUAUCAUCACUUCCCCCUUUACAAAAUCAUGCACCAUUUGUUGGUAACGUAGGAUCGUAUACGCAAACAUUGAAUUUUGUUAACAAUGCUGCAACCGUAAGUUACAAAUCUCAAAAUACUACAGCGGCAAUUAAUAACACAAGUACAGGUGCUUUGCCAAUUCUACGAAAUGGUACUCAUACCAGCAAUGGCAUGGCACGGUCUUGUUCAUCCGCUUCCUCGACUGCGUCAUCAAAAAGCGCCAACAACAGUGGUGGGAGUGGUAGUAGCAGUCGGCCAGAACUCAGUAACAUUUGGAAAAAUUUAGGCGACUCUCUUGAUGUAGAUGAAGGGAUCGGUGAUUCGCCCAACAUUUGGACUUUGCCUACGCCAUUGAUACCAUUGACAGGAUCUCAUUGUUCGCCAUCGACUUCAAUUAGUCCGACUGACUCACUUUUGGGUGAAAUAUCCGCACCACAUACUUCUCAUCAAAACAACGUUGGCAUUAGCAAUUUAAUAAAUGAAUCUCAUGAACCGAUUAGUAAGAAAAAAUUAUUGCAACAAAACCAUACAAAAAAUGGCGAUGCAGUUCAAGCGCUUGUUAAUAGCUCCGCAAUCCAACGGCGUGAUUGUUUGGUAUGUAAUAGCAAAGAAAUAACUGCUGUAUUGGUGCCAUGUGGCCAUAAUAUGUUUUGUAUGGAAUGCGCUAAUCGCAUUUGCGAAUUAGGCGAUGCAGUUUGCCCCGUUUGCAGUUUAAACGUCUAUCAUGCUAUGCGCAUAUUAGCAUAAAAAAUUGCGCGAAUUAAAAAAGUAAGUAAUUGACAUAUUUAUUAAAGUAAUUUAAUAGUUAAAUGUGACUCCUUUUACGAAUUGCAAGAAAAACAGUCACGCGAAUUAUAUACAAAUAAACAUUUACGUAAAUUUUUAUCUUUAAAAAACAAUAAAGUGGCAUACGUACAUA